UACAUACACCAGCUUCACAUUUUCAAAGCGAUGACGUGGCACAAUCGUCUUCGAAACCCGAGUCGAAGCUCCGGUAACCACCUUGAUCAGAAAGAGAAGAGGACGUGACGGCAGAGGAACGAAACGAUGUCGGAAGCGACGACGGGAUUUGCGGAGUGCGAUCGGCUGCAGCGGGCGCUGGCGGAGUGUCACCGUCGGAUCCCGGCGGGUCGGGCGCGGGAAUCGGGUUGCCGCCACCUGAACCGCGGACUUGCCGAGUGCUUGGUGUCGGUGGUGUGCCCUGACGAGGUCGAAGCAGUUCGGAGCCUCUGCGGUAGCGGCGGCACGGGUCUGAAGCGGAGACAGUGCCAGCAGGCUCAGCUCUCCCUCUCUGUCUGCCUCUCCUCUCAUCAACACUAACUUUUCAAUCUGUUUUUUAUUUUAUUUUUUUGGUAAUUUUAUUGUGAAGUAAGAUGUAUCAAUGUGAGAAAUAUUUGUUCGAUUUCAUUACAAAUCGAGCACAAAGAUCACUCUGAUGUAACUCUUU